UGAUCCAACUUUAGACAUUCGGCAGUGCUAAAGCAAGCUCAACCAGGAUCAGAGUUUUUUUUGUUAUUUUUUUUUAAUUAUUUUAAGCAGAAUCACUCAAUCAGAGUUUUCCCAUAUAAAAUUUAAUUUUAGGUUGGAUUUGUUUCAGCAAACCCUUAUCUACCCUUCUGGUUUGAGUAUUUCCCAAGUUGCAUUUACUUCCCAUAUUCACAUCCUUCAUUUCUUACCAAUCAUGGACCAAACUCAAAAUGAGUCUGGCUGGAUGCAUUCUAUCAAAGUGACACUAGGAUCUCUAGAUCACAGAGAGGUUAAAUCCUUCAUAAGCAGCAUCCCAAGUGUUUCAAGCAAGCUUAGAAAAUCAAACGAGGAAGCUUACUCACCAAAGUUUGUAAGCAUUGGACCCUUACACAGAGGAAGCAGGAGCCACCUUCUGGCCAUGGAAGAGCAUAAAUGGCGCUAUAUGUUGGCUCUUCUUCACAGAACUCAAAAUCCAGUUUCAACCUUGGAUGAGUGUGGCACAGUGAUUCUAGGCUUGGAUGAUGCAGUUCGUGCAAGCUAUGGAGGUAACAUCAAAUAUGAACCCCAUGAGUUAGCCAAAAUAAUGUUACUUGAUGGCUCCUUUUUGUUGGAACUUCUCUUUAGAUGUGCUCCACCAAAUAUGGUACCUCAAAUUCCAAAAGAAGAUGGCCACAAUGAUUAUUCUUCAGAUCCAAUUCUAGGACACAAAGAUGUGUUCUUAUCUAUUCUCACUGAUUUCACUCUACUAGAGAACCAACUUCCCUUUUUUGUUCUCAAAACAUUGGCUAGGAUACUUUUUCCCACAGUCUUCACAGGUGAGGCAGAUCACCUUGUUGCUGAUCUCACUCUUUCUCUCUUCAGCUACCCUUUGAUCCGUUGUCCUAGUGUGGCACAUUUUCUUCAUCUCAUGCACUUGUCCUCAAUUGUUGACGAGGGGCAGAAGGUGAAACAUUCUCAGCAAGAACUAAAGCGUUGUGCCACAAGGCUUAGAGCUGCUGGAGUAACAAUUAGGAAAGUGGAUAGGCACACCAAGCUGGUUAACUGGUUUGGCUUUGACAUAAGAUUUUCCAAAGGGGUGCUUGAAAUCCCACCACUGCAUGUAGUUGAAACAACUGAGGUCUAUUUGAGGAACUUCAUUGCAUGGGAACAAAGCAGAAUUGGUAUCAACAGGCAAUUCACUUCCUAUGCUUUGUUUCUUAGAGGCUUGAUGUGUUCCUUGCAAGAUAUUGAGCUGCUUGUGGACAAUGGUGUGUUGGUGAAAGAUACCAAGAUCAGCAACAGAGAUUUGCUCGCUUUGUUUGUAACAAUCACAAAGGGAGUGGACCAAAUGGACUCUAGUUACACUAAACUUUGUGAGGACUUGAAUGCUUACUCAGCAGUGAACCCUUUGAAGAAGUUUCCUAUAUUGAUGUGGCAUUGUUGCAACCGUUGUGUAGAAUUCAUCAGAUACUCUUGCAAACACAGCUAUAAAAUCUUGAUUACAGAUCAUAUCCCCAAUGUGUGGAAAUUGAUAGGAAUUGUGGUAGCUGCAGUGCUGCUUGCUCUUACCAUUAUGCAAACCUAUUAUUCAGCCCGUGGCUGAGUAAAUUUUGUUAUCAAGUGGAACUAUUACCGUGAUUUACACCAGAAAUCUUGUACCAAUGCUCAAAAAGUGAAAGGAAGCAAGAUAAACUUUCUUUUAUUUAUAUACAAGCAUUACAUAUGUAUUUAGUUCUUAAAUUCUUGUUGAACUUUUAAUUUUAGUAGUUUUAGAUUUGUUUGGUUCUGCGCUGGUUUGAUUAUGACAUGGGUCAAUUGGAAGCAACAAAUACUUGUUUCUUCAUCAAUUUGGUAUUUUGGACAUGAAGGAAGUGAAAAUAUGAAGAAACAUGAAUUACUGAUGGACCACCAAACAAGCACUUAGUCUAUAAACUUUUGUUGAUUUUUACUUUGGUACAUAAAAUUUUCUUUCC